AUGAGAUCCUCAGACCCCUUUAAAACGAGGUUCCGGUGGUUCCAGGAGAGUAGUGUGUACCGGGACGCUCCAGCCUUCGCCCUAGACGGAGUCUACAUCUCUGAGCCCUGUCCCAACCACUGUGGAGGACACGGAGACUGCAUCUCUGGAGUAUGCUUCUGUGAUAUGGGCUAUACAGUGGAACAGGACAGCUGUGUGCCAGCAGUGGCCAGUCCCACAGAGCUGGUGGAGGGCUUUGAGAGCAAGCUGAGCCCGCUGUGGCAGAGCCUGAGUGGGGGUCAGGUUGGAGGCGGCUGUGGUACCAUCAGCGAGGGCAAAGCCCUGUACUUCAGCAGCUCUGGGAAAAGACAGGCACUGACUGUCACCCUGGAUACCACAAACACACGGCUGGUGCAGUUCUACACGCGAAUCGGAGGGAAGAACGUUGGACCCACCUGCACUAGACCUCGCUCCCGCAACGAAGGAGUGGUUGUCCAGUUCUCAACCAACAACGGAGUGCAGUGGCAGUUCCUGAGAGAGCUGGACUUUGGCUCCUUCCUGGAACCCCAGGUGGUGACCAUUGAACUGCCUCCAGCCGCCAAGACCCCCUACACAGUGUUCCGCUGGUGGCAGCCACAGCAAGGUAAACACUCAGCCCAGUGGGCGUUGGAUGACGUCCUGAUCGGUAUGAACGACAGUUCCAGGACUGGUUUCCAUGACAAGUUCGCCGGGACGUCCCCUCUGAGACACAACUGGUACCGUGUCCAGGGGGGAGAGGUCACAGUGGACUGUUUGUCUCUGGACACGGCUCUGUCCUUCUACUCCGAUGCCACAGACAAGAAGCCACGGUACGCAGAGAGCUGGGACUUUGAGGUGUCUGGCUCUUCCUUCCUGCAGUUUGACCUGUCUAUGGGUUGCAGUAAGACAGUCACGUCCUCUCAUGGUGUCAGGCUGGAGUAUUCCACAGACUGCGGGCGCCACUGGGCCCUGCUCACCCCAGAGUGUGUGCCCCCUGCCAUUGGCUGUACUGGCUACACUAUGAACUCUGUGUACACCGCUACGCGGUACACCCGUUGGAGGAGGGUUACGGUGUAUCUGCCCAGCGCUGCCAAUUCUCCCAGAACACGGUUCAGAUGGAUCCAGCCUCACUUCAUCCCCGGAGCUGAUGGCUGGGCCUUGGACAAUGUGCUGCUGGCCCCUGGCUGUCCCUGGAUGUGCUCUGGACACGGACUCUGUGACAACGGACGCUGUGUGUGUGACCAUGGUUACGGCGGGGCCCACUGCGUGCCCCUGGCCCCCCUCCCCUCCAUCCUGAGAGAAGACUUCAACGAGAACCUGGCGGCGGAGCAGUGGCCCGAGGUGUACGGGGCUGAGAGGGGGACGCUCAGCGGGGAGCCCCUCAAAUCUGGCACCGCACUCAUCUUCAAAGGGGAAGGUCUACGUAUGUUGGUGUCUAGGGACCUGGACUGUACCAGCACACUUUACAUCCAGUUCUCCUUCAAGUUCAUCACUAAGGGCGUCCCAGAACGGUCCCACUCGGUGCUGCUGCAGUACUCAGUGAACGGAGGAAUCAGCUGGUUGCUGUUAGAUGAGUUCUACUUCCCCACCUCGACCGACACACUGUUCCUACACCUCCCUCUGCCUGCCAGGGCCCAGACCAACGCUACCCGCUUCAGGCUCUGGCAGCCCUACAACAGUGGUAAGAAAGAGGAGGUGUGGGUGAUUGAUGACCUGAUCAUCGAUGGCAGCUCGCUCAACAACCCUCCUGUAGUCUCAGACAACUUCGAGGGCGGACCCCAAAACUACAACUGGCUCUUCUACCCAGGAGGCAACACUGGACUCUACUGCCCUUACCAGAAGAGUGGCCUGGAGAAGGACGAGUCGGCCAUGGUGUUUUUAUCCAGUGAGCUGGGAGAACAUUCAAUAACCACCAGAGACAUUGACGUCAACGAGAACACCAUCAUCCAGUUUGAGAUCAACGUGGGCUGCACGGCAGACAGCUCCGCCUCUAACCCGGUACGACUGGAGUUCUCCAGGGACUUUGGAUCCACCUGGUACCUCCUGGUGCCCUUGUGUUCAGGAGGCCCCCAGCCCUCUUCCCUGUGCUCCACAGAGCUGCACCCUGCCAGUGUCUACUACCCGGGAACCACCCAGGGCUGGAGGCGGGAGGUCAUCCACUUUGGCAAGCUGAGACUCUGCGGCUCCAUCCGGUUCCGUUGGUACCAGGGCUUCUUCUCCAGCAGUUCCUCCCCUCCUACCUGGGCCCUGGACAGUGUGUACAUUGGCCCCCAGUGCCAGGACAUGUGUAACGGACAUGGGACGUGUGUGAAGGGGACACACUGUGUCUGUGACCCAGGCUACUCUGGCGCAGACUGCUCCCAACCUGACACACUCAACCCUGAUUUUCUCAAGGAAGACUUUGAAGGGGGGGCGAUGGAUGCAGAGAGGUUCAGGCUUCUGAGUGGAGGGAAGCCAAGCAGGAAAUGUGGCAUCAUGUCCAGUGGGAACCACCUGUUCUUCAGCGAGGAUGGCGUGCGCAUGCUGGUCACUAACGACAUGGACCUUUCCAAUGCCAGGUUUGUUCAGUUCUUCCUGCGUCUGGGCUGUGGGAAGACGUCCCCAGACCCCCGUUCCCAGCCCGUCCUGCUCCAGUUCUCUGUAGACGGAGGUCUGACCUGGGGCCUGCUGCAGGACUUCCUCUUCUCAAACAGCAGUAACCAGGCUCGCCUGGUGGCCCUGGAGAUCCCUCUGCGUGCCCGUACCUCCUCCACGCGUCUCCGCUGGUGGCAGCCCUCUGAGAACGGACAUUUCUACAGUCCAUGGGUCAUUGAUCAGCUGGUGGUGGGUGGCAGUGCCAGUGGCUGGGGACCUCUGGAGGACGACUUCUCCUCUCUGGACGGUCGUUCCUGGCUGCUCCACCCCGGGGGUACCCGUAUGCCCGUGUGUGGUUCUGACGGGGCGGCCUUCGCCUUUAUAGAGAAGUCCAACACGCGCUACGCUGUCACCACAGACAUCAGCCUGGGUCAGGAUGCCUUCAUACAGUUUGACUUCUCAGCUUCCUGCUCCGUCACCAACUCCUGCUACGCCAUUGAACUAGAGUAUUCUCUGGACCUGGGUCUGAGCUGGCAGCCUCUGGUGAGAGACUGUCUCCCCACCAGCCCAGACUGCUCCUCCUACACCUUACAGAGACUGCUGGUAGCAGACACCUACAACAAGUGGGGCCGAGUCACUCUGCCAAUCCCCACCUAUGCCAGGUCUCCAGCCACUCGGUUCCGUUGGUUCCAACAGGCUCCGUUUGACAAGCAGCAGACCUGGGCUCUGGACAACCUCUACAUCGGAGACGGCUGCCCUGACAUGUGCUCCGGACACGGACGCUGCCAGCAGAGCUCCUGUGUGUGUGAUCCAGAGUGGGGAGGGGAGUACUGUGAUGAGCCUGUGGCCCCUCUGCCCUCCCAGCUAAAGGACAGCUUCAGCCGAGCCCCCUCUCUCAGCCACUGGCACCUGUUGACUGGAGCAAAACUCAGUACUGUGUGUGGGGCUGUGGCAUCUGGUGCUGCACUGCACUUCAGUGGGAGUUGUAGUCGUCAGCUGGUGACAGUGGAUCUGAACCUGACCAACGCAGAGUUCAUCCAAUUCUACUUCAUGUACGGCUGCAUGAUCCCGCCUAGCAACCGUAACCAGGGCGUGCUGCUGGAGUUCAGCCUGAAUGGAGGCAUCAACUGGAAUCUGCUGACAGAGAUCUUCUAUGACCUGUACAGCAAGCCUGGAUUUGUCAACGUGCUGCUACCCCCAGCAGCCCGUCAGGAAGGGGUGCGUGUGCGCUGGUGGCAGCCGACACACGAAGGAGCGGACCACAGCGACUGGGCGCUGGACAACGUUCUGAUUGCCGGCUCUGACCCGCGGGCUCAGAUAACUGACACAUUCGGAGGGGUGGCGCUGCCCAACCACGAGAGAGCUCCUGCCGAUGGUACACCCACAGGCAGGAUAGGACUCCUCAGUGAGGGAGAGGAGGAGAGCACCUCAGUGAGUGACCAUUGGCUGUUCAGUGAGGACUGUGAGGUACAGAGAUUCUGUAGUUCUCCAGACGGUGUGAUGGUGUGUGGUAGUGACGACGGGAGAGAGGUGUACGCUGUCACACAUGACAUCAUACCAGACAAAGACUGGGUCAUGCAGUUCAAGAUAGCAGUGGGCUGCGGUGUUCCAGAGCGCCAGGCAGAGCGCCAGGUCCACGUCCAGUACUCUGUGGACUUCGGUGUGUCCUGGAGGUACCUGGUGCUCCAGUGUCUCCCUGCGGACCCUCGCUGUGGAGGACAGGUCUCCCAGCCCAGCGUCUUCUUCCCUGCCCGGGGCUGGAAGAGGGCCGUCUACCCCCUACCGGACAGCCUGACAGACACCGCGGUCCGUUUCCGGUUCUACCAGCAGCACUCGGACACCCAGUGGGCUGUGGAGAACUUCUACAUCGGGCCGGCCUGUGACGGCAACUGUGGGGGGCAUGGAGACUGUCUCGACCAGAGAUGUCUCUGUGACCCGGGCUUCACUGGACCCAACUGCUACGCCAGCACUUCUCUCAAGGCGUCUCUGAAGGAGCGUUUUGACUGGGAGGGGGCCCCAGGUCCUCAGUGGCAGGUCCUGGAGGGGGGCCAUCCCUGUACUGACUGUGGGGUGCUGGUAGAGGGGACAGCCCUGUACUUUGGAGGGUCAGAUGCCAGACAGGCCGUCACCACUGACCUGGACCUUCGCGGAGCCAAGUUUGUAGAAUACUGGGCCAGGAUCGGCAGUGAAGACAACAUGACCAUGUGCCAUCGCCCAACCUGUCGUAAAGAGGGAGUGCUGCUGGACUACUCUACAGAUGGAGGUGUGUCCUGGACCCUGCUCCAUGAGAUGGACUAUCUGAAGUAUGUGUCUGUGAGGCGUGAUUACAUUGUAAUACCAGAGGAGGCGUUAUCUAAUGCUACACGGUUGCGGUGGUGGCAGCCCUUCCACGUCUCCUCUGGUCUGGCGACAUCCGGGCCGGAGCGAGCUCAGUGGGCCGUCGACAACAUCCUGGUGGGAGGGUCUGACAUCAACCCCUCCACCCUGCUCGACAACUUCGAUGAAGAGGGUGUGUCACAUGAGGAGAGCUGGAGCUUCUAUCCCAAUGCGGUGCGUACAGCAGGCUUCUGUGGGAACCCCUCUUUCCACCUCUACUGGCCCAACAAGAAACAGGACGAAACGCAUAACAUUCUGGCCACCCGCGAGCUCAUCGUACAGCCUGGGUACAUCCUACAGUUUAAGAUUGUGGUUGGCUGUGAGGCAGACAGCUGUGAAGACCACCACUCUGUCCUGCUGCAGUACAGGAAGGAUGCCAGGUCUGACUCAUGGCAGCUGGUUCAGUCAGAGUGUAUUCCCUCCUCUGUGAACAACGUGGGCUGUUCUCCCUUCAUUUUCCAUGAGUCCACCAUCUACAGUCCAGUCAACAGCUCCAGCUGGACCAGGGUCACUGUUCAGCUGCCUGACCACGUCUCCUCAGGAGCCACGCAGUUCCGUUGGAUCCAGAAGGAGGGUGCUGGUGAGCGUCAUGGCUGGGGGGUGGACCAGGUCUACAUCGGGGAGGCAUGUCCUGGGAUGUGUAGUGGUCAUGGUUACUGCACAAGCGGGGUGGUCUGCAUCUGUGACGAGGGACACCGUGGUGAUGACUGCUCCCUGUCCAGCAAUGACCUACCUAGCUCCAUCAAGGAUAACUUUGAGUCAGGCAGCGUGUCAGAGGAGAGCUGGCAACUCAUCCAAGGGGGCGGAGUGGGAAGUGGGUGUGGCCAGCUCUCUCCCCACGCCCACGGAGACUCGCUCUACUUCAACGGCUGUAAGACGAGGCAGGCGAUCACCAAGCCUCUGGACCUGACACGAGCCAGUAAGAUCAUGUUUGUGCUGCAGAUAGGCAGUGUGUCUCAGACAGACAGCUGUAACACAGCCCUGGACCAGGCAAACACAGUGGACAGGGCCGUUCUGCUGCAGUACACGGUCAAUAACGGAGUCAGCUGGCACGUUAUCGCCCAGCACCAGCCCAAAGACUUCAUCAAGGCCCAGAGGGUUUCCUACAACAUCCCACUAGAGGCGAGGGCUAAAGGGGUGGCGCUGCGGUGGUGGCAACCACGUCACGACGGAGCGGGACAUGACCAGUGGGCGCUGGACCACGUGGAAGUCGUGCUCACCCGUAAACAAAACUACAUGAUGAACUUUGCCAGACAGACCGGCCUACGUCACUACUACAGCCGAAAGAGGCGGGCACUGCAGCAUGCCUAACCAAUGGAUUUUCCCUACGACCUGCCAAUCACACAUAUGACCGACCAACCAACCAACCACAUUCCUUUCUCCUGAUGCCAUAUCACCCUGUCAAGUCCUGCCCUCCAGCCAAUGGAUUCCAGUCAGCCUUAGACCACACCCCUUCCCUCUCCAAUCCCCCCCCACUCUGCCAGACAACGUGGACCAUCCCAUCAGUUUACACUGCAACCAAUCAGAAGCCUUCCCCACCCACCCCCCCCCCCCCAUUGUGACUGGAAGGAAGGAGACGUGAAGGAGCAACAAAGGCGGACAUUUUGUUUACUUUUAAUGGACUUCCGGGUUUCCAGUUGUUUUCUAAUCGUUGCCGUAGGUGGUUAUUAUGAUAUGAUGAUUCCCUGUUCCAGUUGCGAUACGAUGAUGAUAGUACCCAUCAUUCCCCUUAUCACCCCAUCCUUAUCACCCCAUCCUUAUCACCCCAUCCUACCCACUUAGUCCUACUACUACCACACUGUGAAAUCAUGAAGAGAAAUAUCACUGCUGACCAGUGACAUAGAGUUGGAUAGAAGGCACACAGUCACAGAAGUGAUAAUGGCAAAGCUGGGGGGGAGAGCCCUGUUUCCAACUCUAUGCCAGGUUGCUGGGGUGUAUUCAUUAGUCCGAUUCCGUUGCAAAAAUGUUUUACAACAAAAACCAGUUACCAUUUCCUCUAGGAACCAAACGGAAACAAGCGGAGCAAACAGAAUGAAAAUGGAGAGAGAAUCUGACUGAAUCUGUCCAAUAGAAACUCUUUUGGAGUAAACGGUUUCCAUUGCAAAACUUUUUUGCAACAGAAUCUGACUAAUGAAUAUACCCCUGGGCUAGGAGAGGGGAACACUCCUCCGCCUGCACCAGUAUCUGGGAGGAAGAUCAUUACAGUGAAAAUAGUACUGUGUUCUUGCUGUCCUGUGGGUUAUUUUCGUGAUGAGUCGACUGUGGCCGUGUUUCAUUUAAUUUUUUUUUAUUUUUUUACUAAUUCACAUUGCGUAAUUUUUCGGUUGGAUGAGUUUUUUUCCUCCAUGUUUAUCGGAUGAGGGACAGAUGGAUGAAGGGCAGGGUGGAUGAAUCCCUACCGUCAAGGAAGAUGGAAGGAAGGAACAAAUCGCAAAAAUAGAGGGGAAAAAAAACAUAAGAAAAAUAAGUUAAAGACCGAACAAUGAUUUAGUUUGUUUUAUAUGUGUUGGCUCCUGAGUAUACAGAUAUUUAUGGUGAGCGGUUCUCCAUGGAACCUAUUUAAAGAUACACUGUGCGUGAAAUCUGUGUUAUUUUCUAGUGUUAAGUUAUUAGGCAGUUACUCAGCCUCUCUUUCUCUCGAGGCUCUCGGCCUACAAACUCUCCCACCCCUCCCCCCAGCAUCCCUCCCCCUUCUCGUGCUGUUACCUCAUCCCUCUCUCUCCCAUUCUUGUGAUGUUACCCCCUCCUUCUCCCCCUCCUCGUUGUUACCCCAUCCCUCUCCUCGUUGUUACCCCCAUCCCUCUCCCCCACCCCGUGCUGUUACCCCAUCCCUCUCCCCUCCCCCUCCUUCUCCCCCACCCUGUGCUGUUACCCCAUCCCUCUCCCCCUCCUGUGCUGUUACCACCCCAUCCUCCCUCUCCCCAUCCCUCCCCAUGCUAUUACCCCCAUCCUCCCUCUCCCCAUGCUGUUACCCCCAUCCUUCCCUCUCCCCAUGCUGUUACCCCCCCAUCCUUCCCUCUCCCCAUGCUGUUACCCCCAUCCCUCCCUCUCCUAUUACCCCCAUCCUCCCUCUCCCCAUGCUGUUACCCCCAUCCUUCCCUCUCCUAUUACCCCCAUCCUUCCCUCUCCUAUUACCCCCAUCCUCCCUCUCCCCAUGCUGUUACCCCCAUCCUUCCCUCUCCUAUUACCCCCAUCCUCCCUCUCCUAUUACCCCCAUCCUCCCUCUCCCCAUGCUGUUACCCCCAUCCUUCCCUCUCCUAUUACCCCCAUCCUCCCUCUCCUAUUACCCCCAUCCUCCCUCUCCCCAUGCUGUUACCCCCAUCCUUCCCUCUCCUAUUACCCCCAUCCUCCCUCUCCUAUUACCCCCAUCCUCCCUCUCCCCAUGCGGUUACCCCCAUCCUUCCCUCUCCUAUUACCCCCAUCCUUCCCUCUCCUAUUACCCCCAUCCUCCCUCUCCUAUUACCCCCAUCCUCCCUCUCCCCAUCCCUUACCCCCAUCCUUCCCUCUCCUAUUACCCCCAUCCUUCCCUCUCCUAUUACCCCCAUCCUCCCUCUCCCCAUGCUGUUACCCCCAUCCCUCCCUCUCCUAUUACCCCCAUCCCUCCCUCUCCUAUUACCACCAUCCUUCCCUCUCCCCCAUGCUGUUACCCCCAUCCUUCCCUCUCCUAUUACCCCCAUCCUCCCUCUCCCCAUGCUGUUACCCCCAUCCUCCCUCUCCCCAUGCUGUUACCCCCAUCCUCCCUCUCCCCAUGCUGUUACCCCCAUCCUCCCUCUCCCCUCCUGUUACCCCCAUCCCUCCCUCUCCUGUUACCACCCCCAUCCCUCCCUCUCCUGUUACCCCCCAUCCCUCCCUCUCCUGUUACCCCCAUCCCUCCCUCUCCUGUUACCCCCAUCCCUCCCUCUCCUGUUACCCAUCCCUCCCUCUCCUGUUACCCCCAUCCCUCCCUCUCCUGUUACCCCCCAUCCCUUCCUCUUCUGUUACCCCCAUAUCCCUCCCUCUCCUGUUACCCCCCAUCCCUCCCUCUCCUGUUACCCCCCCAUCCCUCCCUCUCCUGUUACCCAUCCCUCCCUCUCCUGUUACCCCCAUCCCUCCCUCUCCUGUUACCCCCAUCCCUCUCUUUCUCUCUGCUGAUUUCUGCUCCCCGGAGAUGAGGCCUCGUCAGUGUUGUUUGUUGAAGUCUACUGUGUAAUAUGGACCCUCUCCUCCUCUCUGUAACUCCACUAUAGCAAUCUCCUGUACAUAUAAGUAUAUCCACUAUGGGGAGACCCAGCAGCCUUAUAAAAGGGGAAUAAAGAACUGUCCAAACCUCAA